GAGCAUUUCGGAUUGGCAAACCAGCUAGGCUUCUAUUUCUUGCUUGAUCCUUCUCUGCCCCGCCCCCAAAUUGCGAAUCUUCUCAUGUGAAGCCGACGUCCAACUGAUGCACCUAUAUGUAUCUGUCUUGUCAAGCACCUAACCUCAUAAUGACGAAAAGGCGAUAUAAACUACAAUUCAAAAGAACUUCUAAGCAAAAACUCGUAUUAUUCGUCGUUUUAUUCCUGGUUUUCUUGGCAUGGUCGUCUACAUUGUACAUUGCACAUAAGUCUAGUUCGCCUAGACUGCCUGCAGUGAGUGACUGGUUUCCUCUACGAGCUAUGGCAAAUGCAAAACCGUCGAUUGAUAUAGUAAAUGACUACUACCCUUUCGUAGAUUUCAAGUUCGUUUUCCCGGAGAUUUCUCCCAAAGUUCACACGACACCGAACAUUUUAUUGAUGGUUUUGGUCAAUUCUGGCGCCAAGGGUGACAGGUUUCGAAAACUUCGCAAGGCUAUUCGACAAACGUGGGGAAAUCACGGCAACUGUGAACAACGUAAAGCUUUGGGAGACGAAAGGCUGAAAGACUUAAGGUGGUUACUAGUAUUUGUUGUUGGAAAAGCAGGACGGGGAACGAACGAUGACGAAUUAAACAGGGCUGAAGCUAGACAAUACAAUGAUAUGUUGAUAGGAAAUAUCACAGACAACUAUAUUAAUAAUGUUAUCAAGUUGUACAUGGGUCUGGUCUGGGCCAGUAGAUUUGAUAUAAAAUACAUUUUGAAAACAGAUGAUGAUGUUUACGUGCGCAUACCGCGUAUACUGGAAUAUCUUGUCAAUGCUACGUUUCCGAAACCAUUUUGCGGAGGUGUCACUUACUGGCAUUUUGGUAAAGUAUAUCGCGAAAUUGGUGCCAAAUGGGCAAUUAGUUGGAGAUACUAUGGCGAGACACACUUUCCAAAAUAUAAUCCUGGUGCUUUUUUUAUUUUAUCUAGCGAUCUCCUCAAUAGAUUAUUUAACUAUGUCUACAUAAGAAAACCAUUCCACGUGGAUGACGCUUAUAUUGGGGUCGCAAUGCGAGAUUUCGGGGUAAAAGUUACAAAAAUAUUCUCGUUUGCUCUUAAGCCGAAUAUGAGCGAGUAUAUACGAAAUGCUGGGCACUGUGACAUAUUACCUCUACAUGCCAUUGGACAUAAUAUGGAACCAGAAUCAACCAGAUUUCUUAAUAAUCGUCUCAAAACAUUAGCUUGUGGGCGAAAGCAGAUUAAAUGUUGAUGUUCAUGUGGAACAACAGGGUGUCGGAAGGAAACAAAGAAUCUUUAUAAUCAAAGAGCACUACUUCGUUAAUUAGUGAGAUAACUACGCAAUUGUGUAGAUUAUUAAAUCUUGAUAUGUCAAGUAAUUAUGAAACGGUUGAAUUCUUCAAAGAACAGAGGCGCCGCCACCAAAGUUCGUACAAAUCCGAUGGGGAAUCAAUGGUGCUGGUCGGGAUGCAACAUAGAAUCUUACUGUAAAUACAGAAGAAAAAAAACUAUUGAAAUAACGUAUUGUUAGAAUUUGAAUGCCUCAGCAGUAAGAUGAACGCAAAGAUGCGUUAAAAUAUUGACAGGGUGCAUAUAUUAUACAUAAUGACUUAUUAAAAAUUAAAAUAUCUUUGUAAAGAGCACGAUUUUCCGCUCAUGGGAAUUUAAAGCAGCUUGUUAAACAGUUUCGUUAUGUAUAAAAUUUACUUAUGUUAUACAAUACGUUAUUUCAAAUAGGUUUUUUGGGGACACACUGUAGAUUCUACUCAACCACCGAAUUUACUUGUCAAGUAUUCUGAAAUCAAUAAUUGACAGUCUAAAAAGGUGUGUUAUUAGUUGACCUGCAUGGAAGGACUUAGCAUAGCUCAUAUUCGGUUGUCUCACUAUCCUUUAUUCUUUACAUUUUUAAAAUUGAACAAAAAACAAAAUUAUCAUUUUUAAUUACAAAAUUAUGAAUUUCCCAAAUAUAUAUGUUAGGUAUAUCACGUAUAUGUUAUUAUACUUAAUGUAAAAUUUCAAUUUAAUGUACAAUUCAACCACACACUUCGCAAAAC